GCCACCAGAAUGCAAGACGCGUGCGAAACCACCUGGUUUGCCGCCGGAUGUUGAGUUCCGGCCUUCUUGCAACACAUGCGCCUGUUAAUGCGCGAAGGUUGGCUGACGGGCCGUCGACCCGGAAGGUUUCAUGGUGGAGCCGUGCACGGCGACCCUUCACAAGUGGGCGCUCCUGGUUGACAACAGGUGCGGCCACCUUGGGUGCUGUGUGUGCACAGAGUCUGGUCCUUCUGCCGGCCCGCUUGGCUCGCGCGAACGAGGCGCCGGACGUCUACAGCAAGGCUGAGCUUGCCUUACUGAACGUGAAGGAGCUGAAGAAGCUCUGCAGGCAGAGGAAGCUAAAGGUGACUGGCAACAAGGCGGACUUGGUGAAACGCCUGGACCAGUUCAUGGCUGGGCUGAAGCAGGCAGCAAUGCCUGAGUCGGAGACGCCUGAAUCAGACGAGAUGCCUGAGCCAGACGAGCCUGAGCCAGAAGUAGGCUAUACGAAGGCGCAGCGGGAGAUGCUGAGAUUCAGCCUCAAGGAGUUGCAGGAGCUCUGCAAAGAAAGGGGCCUGGCAAGCGAAGGGGCGAAGGUGGACCUCGUGAAGCGCUUGGCGCUGCGGCAGGCUGAGGAGGCAGAAGCGGAGGCGGAGGCUGAGCAAAGCCAGCUUCCAGAUGGCAGGAGUCAUUUAACCAAAGAAGAUCGCUUUAUUCAGGCCAUCAAAGGUGACGAUGUUGACGUCAAGGCGCUGGAGGAGAUCUUCAACAUGCCAAUGCCCCAACCGGGAGAAGUGGUGACCGGCACGGUCACCUCACUCGUGGAGUGGGGAGCUUUCGUUGAGCUACACAGCAGCGGCUGGCUGGGGCUGAUCCACAUCUCCGAGAUCAGCGACGUCUUCGUUGAGAACAUUGAGGAUUACAUUUGCCCUGGACAGAAGGUAGAGGCUUUGGUGAUUCAGAGCCAGAUGGACCGGGUGGACAGGAUCUCUUUAUCCAUACGCCGCUUAAAGGAUAUGGCGAAGUACGAUCCUCAAGCUCUCGCAUCAAUGCAAGCGAUGCCGACUCAAGCAAGGCCCAACUAUGUCCGUGAGGAGGAUUUGGUGGCUCUGCAGGAGCGCGUCACAGCCCUGGAGGCCAUCAUCAUUGAGAUGGGCCACGGCCAGGCGCUGCGCGAUGCCCGCUGGGAUGCCAGCAGCUCUGCUCGUAGGAGCCGUGUGUCCGAGCUGAACGACGUGCUGGCCGAGCCCGAGCCCGUGGAGCCCGAGGAGACCUCGCCGUCAACAGCCGAGCUGCGAGAGAAGUCCGCAAUUGACAACAUCCUCAAAAGCUUGUUCGAGGGCAGUGAAGAUGCAGCAGAUGGCGACGACUCUGACCUGGAAAAUAUGGAGCCAGGUGCCACCAGACUGCCGGCCUAG